AUGGUGCCAACUGAGAAUGCUUCCCCGGAGCGGGCCUCACCUCCUGUCGAGGCGGCACCUGAGCCUGUGAAGACGGGGUCCGUUUUUACCGUCCAAAACACGCGUUCGGGUGCGGCCCCGCCGGCGCCGAUUCGCCGCGGCCGCGGUACUUUUUCCCACUGCCUUCACACCGAAGAACUCGAGCGGCAGCCCCCUAGCGAGGCCGCGAGCUCCGUCCUCACCGGGAUCACCACGAGCGUCGUCCUGCCCUCCUCGCAGCUCUCGAGGAACGUCGCGACGGAGGAGGACGAGGGCGACCUCGCCGUUCCCGCUGCGUUUCUCAAAAAGGAUAUCCCGAUGAAUAUGCCCUCGCAGCUCGCCCCGGCGGUGAAUGUGGGGCGCGAUCACCUCUUCGGCGGCGUGCUCGGCCGUGUGGAGCCGAUGCGGACGGCGGAUACCGUCCGUCAGCUGCUCUUCCGCGGCGAGAAGCGGCGUCGAUAUUGCGUUAUCGUUGGCAACCUGCAAAGCGAGAAGAAGGAGGUGAUCCUCAAGCUCUUCGGGCACCGGGGGAACAAACCAUUCAAGCUGCAGAACAAACUCAUUCGUCUGAUCAACCUAUCUAUUGGGAGGCCGCGGGUUCGGCCGGGGGAGGUGGAGGAAGGGGAUGCAAUCACCGCCGGUGGUGAGGGCGGGGAGGAGCCCAGGCGGGAUGGGAACGCAGCCCAGGCGUCCAAUUCGGUGGUUGAGAGGGGGGGUGUCGAGGCCACGGAGAAGGCGCUGAAGGAUGUUUUCGAUGGUGAACGCCCCGAAACGGAUGGUGAGGCAAAGCUUGUGAGUAUUGAGAUCCCCAACGCGAACGCCGAAAUGGAAGCGGAAGCCCCCGAUCCCACGACGACCGACGGGAAGGAUGGCGAUAAUGCGGCGAUACCGGCCUCGGCGGCGAGCAUAAAGCCGAUCACUACACGAGAAUCAUCCGAUGUCGUCUUUGAUGAGAUCAACGCACGCCACAUUCAGGCUGGAUUCCCCGGCGUCGGCGAGGACGUGCGUCCCUCGAUGGAUGGGGAUGACAGCUAUCACGCGAUCCGUGGUGAAACGGGCGGUGUCGGCGACCCCUUCAAGGCGGAAGCCGGCCGGCACAAUUCGAACUCCCGGAGCUUCAGCAUGGCGAACGAUACCAGUGGGGUUUUCCAUCAAGACGACGCGAGUGAGCACGGCGACGUCGACCACUAUUUUGACGCCCGGGAAGACGAGGUGGUGCCGCUUGUGGUGGAGCGCGGGAACGGCGACCAAGGCCACGACGCCACGCUCAAUCAAGAGGCGGGGCUCGCCAACAGUCCGGUGCUGACGUCGAGGUACUUUACCACGCUUCGGGAUUACUUCCUACGCGAAUUUCGCUUUCUUUUCAGUCUUGAGGAUGUGCAGCCGCAGAACGUGUCGGUGAGCAUCCACUUCGGUUCGGCGUACUGCUGUCUGGCGCGGCAUGGCUCGCACGCGACCCCUCUCAAACAUGCCUCCUUCAUCCAGUUCGUCGAGCGAAUGAACGACGAGUCGAUGCAGCUUUACUUUAUUAAGGAUUGCCCGACGUGCGUCUCGCGCGCGGUGGAUAUGGAGUGCGGGGCGCUGCACCACGAGGUCUCUCUGACGUUGGUUAAAAUUAACUUCUUCUCCAACGAGCGCCAAAGCCGGAUGACGGCGCGGGCGGUGUGGGAUAGGGAGCUCAACGCCUUUCGGCUGCUGGAUAUGGAGGGGAUGGGCGUCUUCUUCAACUGGACCGUCUUCUCGCUCGACGAGUCGGACGCCAUGGCGCCGAAGGAUCCGAACGCGCCCGAUGAUUUCCAGCACACCAGCGGUAGCUUCAGCAACCCUUAUGGGGCAUCCUCGGCGAAGGAUUCCGCCACACGCGAGGGAAGCACUAUGGGAAACGAGACCACCACGGGGCAGACAUCCGAGGGCCGCAAAAAGACGGUCGCGUACCCUUUUGAGGUUGAAUUUAGGGCGUUCCGGCGCUGGAAGCAUCAUAAUCAUCACCCCGCCGAGGAGCUCGCAAACGCCAUAUUGGAUAAACUCUCCCUCGCGGAGCACAACCUCAUCAACUACGGCUCCAGCGUGGGCUACGAACGCAUGGAUCUCUCCCACGUUUGCGAGGAGGACUACGCCGCGGAGGACUACAACGUGGAGAGUAUUGUGGUGGAGCACACCUCGCGCGUCAAACCCGAGGGGACGGACUUGUUGGUCGACAACACCACCGCCCUCUUCAUUGAAAAUUUCGCGGCGGCGCGGCAGUUGAAGGAGCAGAUUGCGCAAUACGGCCCCGAGCGCGUCGCGGCGAUGCAGAAGCCGAGCAACAACAACUUCAUGCGUGGGGGCAGCACCCCCGCGAUGGGGACGAGGCGGGCGCAGAAGAUCAUCGUCCCGGAGGUCCCUCAUCGCGUCGGGCGUGGGGGUAUCAGCAAGUUGCCAGACUACAUGGAGGAGGUGAUUUGCCCGUCCUCGAAGCUGACUUUCUUCCGCUCGCGUGGAACGACGGUUCACUGGAAGUUUCGCCCGAGCUGCAGCGUGGAGGAGAACUUGGCCCCGUUGUCCGAGGCGAUGACAUUUGUGCAGCAAGUGUUGAGGACCGCGAACAGCAUCGAACGCAACGCGGUGAGAGGGGGGGCAGCCCCCGAGGCUCUAUAA